AUAAAUGCCUCCAUUCCCUGAGCAGACUUGCUACCUGGGGAGGCAAAGGGACAGGUGAGUGCGACUCUCCCACCUGGGGGCACCUGACAGGGAAGGAAGGAAGGAAGGAAGACCAUGGCGCAAUUCAUCGUUGUGAGCUUCAGCUUGCUGGUCGUGGCCCUCUCCUUAAGGGACACUGGAGCUGAUCACCAUUGUCCUCGCGGUUGGGCCUCCUAUAAUGAGUUUUGCUACAUGGUCUACAACAGAUCCGUGACCUGGAACAAUGCAGAGAGAUUCUGCCUGCAGCAAGAGACAGACUGCCACCUCGCCUCCAUCCAUAGCAAGCCAGAGGCAGCCUUCCUAGUCAGGCUGGCCUACCACAGGGCCAGCGCCGGGUCCAGUGUCUGGAUCGGGUUGAACGAUCCAGAGAAAGUUAUGUCGGGUGGAAUGAUCAGGACUGUGGGUCCAGGCAUAAUUUUGUCUGCAAGUUCCAGCCGAGAAUCGAGAGGAACACCGUCGAUGUUAUAAAAAGGAAGUAAUGAAGUCCUACUUCCUGUUGAAACCUCUGCUCUGCACCCUGUCGCUUCGUGGAUGCUUUCUCUCGCUUGGAUCUGACUUUGCUCCUCCUCGUAUGGCCAGAAGGUCAAAUAAAUUCUGACUAAGCAUGA